AUGGACAAUUGCUACAGGGAAAGCAAGAACCCAUACAUAAUGGCUUUUUCCUAUUUGAUAGAAAUGAGGAUAUUUAAGGAGGUAAAUAAUGUUUUGCAUUUUCUACAAGGUGUAGCUGUAUCUCUUGGUGUAACUUUUGUAUUUUGGUGUUUCUUAUAAAGAGACCCCUUAUGAGUAUCUAAAGGAAGUUAUUAUUCUUUUAAUAGAUCUACAUUUCUUUCCUUAUGGUCAGGCACACCCAUGAAGAUGUUGAUCAGGUAACAGAUAAUGAUGAUAUUGAGAAUAAAUCUUAA